ACUAGUCAUAAUGAAGAAAAUUAGUCUUAAGACCUUUCGGAAGUCUUUCAACUUGAAUAAAAGUAAGGAAGAGAAUGAUUUUGUGGUGGUACAGCAACCAUCACUAACCACUGACUUUGGAAAAGAUGAUUCCUUGUUUAGUAGCUGCUAUGGUAAAGACUUGGCCAGCUGUGAAAUCAAUAGUGAAGAUGAGAAAAGUGGGAAAAAUCGAUCCAAAAGUGAAAGCUUAAUGGGUACAUUAAAAAGGCGACUUUCAGCAAAGCAAAAGCAGAAAGGCAAGGGCAGCCCACCAUCUGUGAACUCUGCAGAUGAGGACACUUUUUCUUCUUCAUCAGCCCCAAUAGUCUUUAAAGAUGUAAGAGCUCAAAGACCAUUAAGGUCAACAUCCCUUCGUAGUCAUCAUUAUAGUCCUACUCCAUGGCCUCUUCGUCCAACAAAUUCAGAGGAGACCUGUAUCAAAAUGGAAGUAAGAGUCAAGGCUUUGGUUCACUCUUCUAAUCCAAGCCCAGCACUGAAUGGCGUUCGAAAAGAUUUUCAUGAUUUGCAGUCUGACAGUGUGUUCCAAGAACAAAACAGUGCAUUAAAACGUACAGAAUCUCAAAAUGGAGACCUGCAUCUUCACAUUGAUGAACAUGUGCCUGUAGUUAUUGGACUUAUGCCUCAGGACUACAUUCAGUAUACUGUGCCUUUAGAUGAGGGAAUGUAUCCUUUGGAAGGAUCACGUAGUUAUUGUCUGGACAGUUCCUCUCCCAUGGAAGUUUCAGCUAUUCCUUCUCAAGUAGGAAGGAACUCAUUCCAUGAGGAUGAGAGUCAGGUAGACCAGGACAUAGUAGUUGCCCCAGAUAUCUUUGUGGAUCAGGCAGUUAAUGGCUUGUUGAUUGGCACCACAGGAGUCAUGUUGCAAAGCCCAAGAGUUAAUCACAGCGAUGUCCCUCCACUCUCACCAUUGCUACCUCCAAUGCAGAAUAAUCAAAUCCAAAGGAACUUUAGUGGACUUAAUGGCACAGAUACACAUGUGUCUGAAAGUAUGCAUUGUCAUUUGAAUUUUGAUCCCAACACUGCUCCUGGAGUUGGAAGAGUUUAUGACUCUGUACAAAAUAGUGGCCCUAUGGUUGUGACAAGUCUUACAGAGGAACUGAAAAAGCUUGCAAAACAGGGAUGGUACUGGGGACCUAUUACACGUUGGGAGGCAGAAGGAAAGCUGGCAAAUGUGCCCGAUGGUUCUUUUCUUGUUCGCGAUAGUUCUGAUGACCGUUAUCUAUUAAGCUUGAGCUUUCGAUCCCAUGGUAAAACACUUCACACUAGGAUUGAACAUUCAAAUGGUAGGUUUAGCUUUUAUGAACAACCAGAUGUAGAAGGGCAUACUUCUAUAGUUGAUCUAAUUGAACAUUCAAUCAGGGACUCUGAAAAUGGAGCUUUUUGCUAUUCACGGUCUCGGUUGCCUGGUUCUGCAACCUACCCCGUCAGACUGACCAAUCCUGUAUCACGGUUCAUGCAGGUACGUUCAUUGCAGUACCUGUGUCGUUUUGUUAUACGUCAAUACACCAGAAUAGACUUGAUUCAAAAACUGCCUUUGCCAAACAAAAUGAAGGAUUAUUUACAAGAAAAGCACUACUGAAAGUUUAUGGGAAUCUUGCAUCUUGCACUUUGGGAACAAGAAAAAGAAAUUGAAAUACGGUUUACAAACUUUCAUUGUUAUCAGAAUCUUUUGCUGCCAUAACUAUUUCAGUUUUAUGUGUAAACAAAAGUAAUGCAUUGUUUUGUUUGGGAAUGGGGAGAUGUUGGCAAGGUGUCUUACAUUUAUUUUUUGUUUUUUAGAGGGAAAAUCUUGAGGUUUUUAGGAGUGUGAAAUCUUUCAUCAAUGUGCAGAAUAAUCGCAAUGUGAAUUGUCAGAUUACACUUGUUUUUUCCCCAAAAUCCUUUGCUGCUAUCCACUGUGAUUUUUAUGCAUUAAAAGCACAUUUCAUGUGUAUUCAACCAUAAGUAAAAUUGAAUGAAACUUGUUACUUGUCUCUUCAAAAAGACCCAUUUUCAAAAGAUAAUCUUCAAGAAACUAGUAUAAAAAAAUGCAGAUUGGUAUAAGCAUCAUACCUUAUGUUUUUAAAAAGUAUUCUUAAUUUGGAAUGUAUAAAAUUGCUUAACUUUAGAUCAAUGGAACAGUGUAGCAUCUUUUGAAACAGUCAUUUUUUAUUAAGUAUCUCUUAGUUUUUUGUUUUUUUUUUUGAGAAAGUAAAUACUUCAUUGCUUCCAUUUUCAUUUUAUGGUUUGUUUGGCUUCCAAAAAAUGACAUUCUUUUAAAAAAUCUUGAAAAAUAAGUAUGUACUAAUUAAUAUAGAAUACAAGACCUCUUCUUUACUUAAAGACAAGCUCAAUUUGGCAUAACAAAAAUUUCACCAUGAAAGAUCUAGUAAUUGAAGAAAUAUUGCAUGAUAAUAGAUCACAAAGGAUCUUGUCAACAUCCAUUUUUAUGUUACCUGCAUUGCCCUCUGGCAAAAAAAUGUUUUAUUUGUGAUUUAAUUUGUUUGAUAUUUUCUUAGUUAGAAUUUGAAUUAUACAAAUUGUUCUCAUUAAUUUGAUUAUAUCUCAAUUCUAAAAGUGAUUUAAAAAGUUUAAAUAUCAUUUUGCAUUUGAAAUUAGGGUGAUUUUUUUUCCCACAUGUCAUUAGGAAAAGUCCUUGAUUUAUACACAAUUUCACUAGAUGAUAAAUUUUGAGAAGUGUAAGGUAUAUGUGUUUAAGAAAUAGCAAGGCCAUAUCAGGAAUACUGAGAUCCUAAUGCUUCUCAUUUCUAAUGCCAUUUAGGAAAGCGAUUUUUAAAUUCAGCAAUCUGGGCUCAAGAAUUCAGCAUUUGCUAUUCUGAAAUACUUCUCUUUCAUGGACCCUAUACUCUGAUUUUCUUUAAAGAGCACCAGAAUCUAAUUUUUUAAAAUGUUUUACUUUGAGAAGUUUAUUCCUUCAUAGGUAUUUUAAUGUUUAAUUUGUAGCAAGUAAAAUGAUUUUUCUUAAUGAGGAAUUAUUUCCCUUUCAGUUCUCCUUCCCUCAGUUUGCCAUGUCUAUUGUUUUAUCAUUACUUGGUAUUAUAAUGAACUCUUUUGGAAUUGCGUAUAAUAAACUUGAUUUCUUUUUCCAAGUUAAAAAGGUUUUAAAGAAACAACCCAUUAUCAGAUGAUUUGGAGGCUUUCUCCUUGUUUUAAGCUAUCAUCUUUUCCUCUUCCUAUUCCUUCUUAAUGUAGAACUUACUGACUUUGUCAGUCAGAUGUAUUUAUGUAAACUUGCAUCCUCAUUUCUUCUUUGCUUUUGGAAAAUAAGAACUGCAAAGAUUUUACCCCAGAAAAGACACCCAUGCUAUAUGAUUAAAUUUUACCUGGAGUGAGAAAAGGAUGGUAUCUAAUUUUUAUGGAAUUGUACCUUGGUGGGAAGUCUCUUUAAUUUUCUUUACUUUAAAAUAUAUUUUACUUAAUAAAAUGGAGUUGAUUUUAAUAAUUUAAAUAUUCAUCAUUAGUUUGAGUUAAUAAUAGUAAAAAGUUAUUGAACUCAUGAAAGGUAAUGUUAUUCUUAUAAUGUAUGGUUUUCUCCCCAGGGGAUGGAUUUUUAAACAUCAUGUUUAGAUUGAUACAAAAAGUCUGGUGCUAAAUUCCUGUUGAUGAUAGCAUUACUAUAAAGAUAAUGCAAAGAAGUUCUUUAGAAAAAUAUUGACAAUGCCUUCCUCUUCAAGCAACAUAUUUAGUUAUCCUACUGCAGAGAUACCAAUUUAUUAGGCCUCCUCCACAGAUGCGACCAGUGACUAUGUUUCAAUUUGGUCACAUGGAAUAAUUUUGAACAUAAUCUGAAACCUGCAUUUUGAAAUGAUUUCAUAUAUUUACUGUGUUUGAGAUCUGGUCGUUGAAUUCUGAAUUAAAUUUAUAUAUAUAUAUAUUUUUUUUUGCUUGGUUUACCUAAAUGUUUUUAUAUUUCUCUUUUGUGUUUUUGGAAUACAAAUAAUCUUCGAUUCUUAUUGCCACUUGUUGAUGUGUUUUCACAUGUGUCCUUAACAUAAAAUAAUAUUUUAAAAUAAUUUUAUCCCUCAAGCUGACCUAAUUUGAAAUCACUGUUAAUAUGUUCUCGAAAUUAAAAAAAAAAAUGCCAAGAAACUAAUAUGUAAUUUAUAAACAUGAUGGAAAUUGAAGUGCAUUGCAUCUAUUCAGUCACUGUAGAUUGAGGUAAUACAAUAUAACUAGAAAGGUAUUGUGAUAUUAAAAGAGGCUGAUUGAAAAUGGUAAAACAAAGCCAUCAGUUACCUAGCUAUUGUAUUUGCAUGAUACAGUUUGAUUGCUUUUCUUCCUCUCUUCCUAAACUGAUUGACCUUUAGAGAACUAUAUCAAAUAAUCACUUGUACGACACACAGACAUAGCCUCUGCUGGCAAAAUCUUUGCUUAUCAGAAAAAAGUGAAUAGUAAAGUUGUAUCAAUUUUUGCCAAUAAUAAUAAUAGGGGAAGAAAAUGAAUAUUAAAUGACAAAAGGUAUUUUCACACUUCCAGCCACUCCUGUGUAAAUUGAAAAAUAACAGAAUGCUUUCAAAAGUACUUGAAGAUAUCUUAAAAAACAAACAAAUCAUAAAGGAAAAAUUGUUCUCAUUCUACUUGGUGCAAUACUCUUAAAGUUUGGAAAGCAAUUUAUGUUGGGAAAUGACUAUAGAAUAAAAAAUAAUUUUUAAAUCUAGAAUUUCUGAACCAGCCAUUUAGAUCGGUCAUCUUGCUUUUAAAGUAAACAAUGUGCCAAAAGGCUAAAUUAUUGGAAUAUGAUGAAUAACAUAAAUUAUACAUUAAACAUUACUUUAUUAUUGCUGAGCCAGUAUUAUUAAAACAGGAUGGAAAUUAGUAAAGUCUUAAGUAGGGAAUGAAUAUGCAAUGUCUCGAAUUUUGCUGGUGCCACAAAAGUCUAAAUAUUUUUCUUAAGAUCACUGCUUUCAGAAAUACCAAUUUUAAAAUACUGUAUAUUUCAUAGUUUUCAUGAUAAGAGAUAUUACUUUAUGACUGAUUCAGAAGAAUAAUUUUUAUUUUACUCCUAACUGCAUUUCAUAGUGUGUGAAUUAUGAAUUUGAAAAUGGAAUCACACUACCAGCAAUAGAUAGUAUUGUUGAAUACACUAAUAAGGAACAAUCCCAUGUUCCAGGAAUAACUUUUAAAUCCUAAACUAAAAUUAUUGGUACGGUAGUAAUCGCAAAUUUGGUUUCUUUUAAUACUUUUUUAAUCCUGUAAAGAAUGUUUUUAUAAACAUCCUUUUUAUUAAUAGUUAAUCAUAACAUGAAAAAAUGUUGUGUAGUUGCUGUAUCCGAAAAGUAUUCCAAACUCUACACCCACAGAUCAUGAAAAAUUCUUAUAGAAUUUUAUAUUAAGUAUACAUGUUGGAUUAAAGAAAUUUUAUAAUGGUGAUGGAGUGCCAUGAAAUUAAUACUUGCAAUCCAGAUUGCUGUAGUUUACACUUUUCUGUGUGUUUCAAAACAGGUGUGUACCAUUUGUACUGAGCACACCACAGAAUGAGAAUUAUCCAAAGUCCAUUGAUUUUAAUAUGUGUUUUGGUUUGUAAACAAAAUUAUAGUAAUUUCUUGCACAUUUUUGGAAAAUAAUUGUAUAAGAACUUAUGUAUCUGCUUCUAGAUACACUGUGUAAAUAAAAGUUUCAUUCACAAAAUAAUCUGCUUAGUAUUCUAUUUUUAAUAUCUGAAUGAAGCAAAUUUUAAAUUUAACUUGUGUGGUUGCCAAAAUUAUUUGUAAAUGCGUCUUAUCAGGAAACUUGAGAUGAAAUGUAGUCAACUAUAUUUUUAGUUCUUAUUUGUAUAGAAAAGUAAAUAUGUCUCCUCAUUUGUAGAAAAUUAGAUAAAAAGAAAAAAAUAGUUUAAAAAACUGUAAGUAAGCUCAUUACUUACUAUGAGUAAGCUUAUUACUGUUUUUUCCCCCCAUAGCUACCCUUUAAACUUAACAACUUUUCAUUUAUUGGAAAAGGAAAAAUAAAAUCACCAUUGAUAUUUUAAGAAAA